GUUCCAAAUGUCUUCAGGUGUGUGAGGAAUGUAAAUAAGUGCUCGAAAUAGUUUUUUUGUGUUCUGCGAUUUUGGAUAACAUUUUAUUAUUUAGAAUGUUUACAUUUGUCAAAAUUGAUAUUUCAAAUGCGACACCUUCCAUGGUUGUCACACUAGCCUCCAGCCAUCAUUUGUCAUGAAUUCAACAUGGCCAACGGGCUCUCCUUGCCGAGAUUCGCCCCUGUCUCCAGUAAGAUCGCCAGUGUGUCGAGGGUCCGCCAGCAAAACUUUAGGGGCGCCCCACCAAGGAUCUUCCUUGCCUCAGGCGCGCCCUUGCCGGUCUCAGACGCUGGGCGUGUGCAUCACGGACGCUGAUCAUGAGAUUGUUAGACCUAAACCUAGAAGACCUUCCCGAUCAGAACUUACAUAUUCUACAACCCCAACCUUAGUCAACAACUCCUCACAUCAUGAGAGUCCAACACAAUCAGGACGUGUGUAUAUGCCAGCUACAAGUGGUCCUGCUUGCAAAAUUGUCAAGGAAGUAGCAGAAGUUCCGCAAGCUCCUCAGGAGCGAUCACCUUCAUCAGCUGUACCUGUAACUCCAACACGUAGCAACGAUGUUAUGAUACCAGAAAGAGAUUCCGGUCCAGGACGAGCUUUAUCAUCAUGCCAGCGUGCAGUUUUAGGUCCAGUGAGGUUGGCAGCACACAGUGGACCGGUUAGGUCGCAGCCAGCUUUUGCAGAAUCUUUAGAAAGACCGAAUUCUUAUAAUAAUGAUGUUCAGCAGCGUGUCAGAGACUACCCAUCAUCGUCAGAUGAAAAUCGAUCUUCUGGGCAUGCUUCUAUGUCGGACACGACAGGAAGAGCUAGUUCGUCAUCUCCGCAUUCUGGUUUAGGUGUCAAUACAUCAGGAGAGCAAGAUUUCAAUAACCAGCAUGAACAAUCUCUGAAUGCGGUGCCAGAAGAUUCAAGGUUUUCGGCUGGAGUCACGCAACGUAACAAUGUCAGAGGACAAUAUGGUCGACCAAGGCAUAGAGUUCCUAAUAAGGCUCCACCAACUGCAGCCCCACCUUGGCACGGUGGGUCUCGUGUCCAGGAUAUACAGUCAGCUCUGCAACAACUUACAACUCGCACGUCGCAGCAGCAACAACAACAUCUUCAGUCACAGCAACAACAUAAUUUACAACAUUUGAAACAUGGGCAACGAGUACCACCUUCAGCUUACAGUUCUGCUACCAGUGUGGGGUCUGAAAGUUCAUCCGAAGCUUUGCAUAAUCCUGCAGGCGGAUUACUCGCUAGACAUUCUUCAUCUUUGGAGACAGUGGAUACCAGCGCUACUGGUGCUGACGAAUUUGUUUGGGUGGAUUCUCAUAACAGGUUGGUAGAACUGCAUAGAGCUCCAUGGUCUGCACGUUGUAUUGGCCGAUUAAUUCGCCAUGGCCGAUGUAGACCACAUAGUGACCGCCUUGCUCCAGAAGCAGUACCGAGGUUGGCACAGCUGCUCCAACGCGCUUUGGUACGAAUAGCUCGGGAAUCUCAACGUUUAGCUGCUGCUUUAGGGUUUUGUUCUAGACACGAAAUUGCUGCGGCAAUGAGGAUUGUUUUGACGCCCUCACUUGCGGAUUCUUGCAUUAAGGCAUGUCAGCGAGCUGCCGCAAUGUUUGCUGCUCCUGGAGAUGCUGGUGCUCCACGUCGAAGCAAGUCAUCCAGAGCAGGUCUACUGCUUAACAUUGGAAAAUUUCAAAGGUGGAUGACAGAUGUUCGACUUGCAAAUUUUGUUCAUGAGUAUGCAGCUGUAUAUUUAUGUGCUGGCUUAGAAAACCUUAUAGAAGAAUCAUUAUUGUUGUGUUUACCUCCACAAGGUGCUCCACCUCUGACACCGGUAGGUUUAGAGCAGGCUGUCGCCAGUCGGAGUGAACUUUGGGGAUUAUUGCAACCUUAUGCUCAUCUCAAUGCGGGUAGAAUAGCAAACGGUACGCUUUCUUUACCUUGUGGAGCUUCUUCAGAGCCUUGUUUAUUGACGACUUGCGUAGGAUCGGCAAGAGAAUUAACGCAACUGGCCAAUAGAGCUCAGCGACCUGGUUGCUUACCACUGGGACCUUGCGCUAUCAGAGCUUUAUUUUACUUUAUGAGAUGUUCCCAACUAGAAAAUAGAACUUCUGGCGACGUGUCUCAAGGAAUGAUUAUGUCAUCUCAACAUCCUAAUGAUCGAUCGUCAUCUGGUGUUUGUCAUGCAAAUGCUGCUGCACAGGUUAUGAAUUCUUCAUCAGUUUCUCAAAUUACAAAUUUACCUACAAUUCAACAACAACAGCAACAGCAACAACAAAAUCAAGAAAGGAUUCAAGAAAAGCAAUAUCCUGCUCCACCCUCUAUACAGCAGGAUUUAGCCCAUGAACGCGCAUAUGCUGUUUUACCACCUUUGGGUGAAUGGUUACGAGUUGCUGGAACCCAUGCUGAGCACAGACAUGCCUUGAGUGUAGAUGCAGAUGAUGUUCUGCAAGCUGCGCGAUUAUUGCUGCCUGGGGUUGAUUGUCCUCCAAGACCUUUAAGUUUACCGGAACCUAUCCAAGCAGCUUCGACGACUGCAGACCUAUCAAAUGAAGCUGCUAGAAGGGCAUGUCUGCAUCUGGCCAUACAACUUUUGUCAUCAGGCAGAUCAGAACAUAUUGACCAGGGUUUAAAUUUAUUGCCACCCCAGCAAAGACCUAAGGGUCUAAAUGUAAUGGAUUAUGAAGGCAGGACAGCCUUGAUGUUGGCCGUUUGCAGAGAAGAUGAUAAGGCUAUUCAAGUUUUAUUAGAUGCUGGCGCCGAUAUAGAUGUGGAAACUCCAGCACCUGGGCCUUCAUUUCCAGGUGCUCAUCCAGUAGCUCGCUAUUGGACUGCUCUUACUUUUGCCUGUUGUCUUGGUAGAACUUCUUCUGCAGUAAUUUUGUUAGAGAGAGGAGCAUGCGUAGAGGGCGGCGCAGGAAUUACCGAGGACAGAGGAGCCCUAACACCAUUACAGGUUGCUUGCGGUUCUGGUCAUAUAGAUAUUGUAUCUUUGCUACUUCAACAUGGUGCCAACUGCUUUCUGUCGACCUUGCCUACUGACACAUUGUGCUAUUCUGGUUCUGCUCAAAGAGGAUGCUACAGUGCCGUUUCGGUAGCAGCUUGUCACGGUAAACGCGCGACUUUACUUCGUUUAUUACGGCAUCCUGGUGCGCCUGCACGUAGAGAAGUUCUGAGCUUGCAGGAAAUGUUAGCUGAAGGUCAUCAGCAGAUGCAGCAGCAACAAUCUGCUUCGCCUACAGACACUGGCGGUAACAAGCGCAGACUUCGAGCUUUGCAGGAAGCUAUGUAUCAUAGCGCCGAAAACGAUCAUCUUGAUAUUACGAUGGAACUACGAGUUCUUGGUGCACCAUGGACGUUGCACAGUUGGACAUUAUCGCUUUCUUCGGCACACGAGGCGCGCUCUGAAGGUGCAUGUUCUCAACUCUUGAGAGAUUUUAUACAACUGCUCCCUGAAGAUAAACAGCAAAUGCAACAACUGGCACAAGAUUGUCUACCAUUGCUUUUUGCUGUAUUUAGAGCAGGAAAAAAGGAAAGUACUAUGUUAUUGCUUGCUGAUAUAUUCAGCACCAUAUAUGGAAAAGCACCGAUACCUCCUAUAGAAGAAGAACCAUCCAAUUCGGGAAGCACAGCAGCAUCUAGAAUUGAUCCAUCGUUUGUAAAUAAUCCUGAACUUAGCGAUGUCGUAUUCAGAGUUGAAGGACGUAUUUUCUAUGGACACAAAAUAGUUUUAGUAACUGCUUCUCCACGUUUGCGUGCUAUGCUUAGUUCAAAAAUUAGCACAAGUGAUGGAUCUCCGCCUACAGUACAAAUUAAUGACAUAAGAUAUGGAGUAUUUCAAUUGGUGAUGGAAUACCUUUAUUCCGGAUCAGGAGCUUGCCUGACGCAAGCAACUGCUCCGCGCGACCUUCUGGAACUAAUGGCAGCAGCCAGUUUCUUCCAAUUAGGACCAUUGCUCCGUUAUACAGAAGCUAGAUGUUCAGCAUUAUUAGACACUGAAAAUGUGGUUGCUAUGUAUAUACAUUCCAAGGUGUACAAUGCCCUACAUCUCUUGCAAUACUGCCAAGGUUACCUUCUCCAAAACAUGGUAGAGUUGUUAACCUACGACGAUUCCGUGAAGAGACUUUUAUUUGCAAAGAAGUUACCUAAUCACGACGCCUUAUCAGGACUUCUUGCGACACUACAACAUCGCAUCACUGCCGGUAAGAUGGAUUCCAGCAACAAGGUUGGUCAGAAUGGUUCAAUUGAUUCUAGGUGA